AUGAUUGUGCUGUUUAUGUUUACCAUGUUGCUGUUUGUGUGUGGUUGCCUUACAAUUACCUUCACACGUUGGAUGUACGUGCGAACAAUACGAAACAAGUGUGAUGUACUGAAGAAGAAAUAUGAAGAGGAAGGAAAAAGUAAAAAAGAAAUGGAUUUCAAGAUGAAAGAAAUUUCAAUGAGACCUGUUCACGCCCAUCAUUAUCACCAGUUUGGCCGUCAGUCUGAAAGACACGCUCCUAACUUUUCACACUCUUCCACCGUCGCAGAGACUCCAGUAGAGCAGGAUAUUGUCGGACCACAGAAGCCAGCGUUUCCCGUCUGUACUCCUUCAGAACGACCCCGUACACAGUUUCUGUUCACUGGUCACACGCCUCUGUCGUCGCCUCAUCCACUACAGCCAUCAACUUCACCUCGUAAAGAUUCGAAAACUACAAGUUCAGCACCAGUCGCUCGUUCGUCAACACCUACCGUUACUGGACCAUCUACUGUGGCAUGA